GCGGCGGCGGGGUCGCCCCGGGCAGAGAUCGCGGAGGGGCUGAGGUAGCCGCUGUGUAGGGUGGCAUGGAGGACCCCGCGGCGCCCGGGGCCGGAAGCGCGUCCACCAAUGGCAACGGCAACGGCGGCGGCAAAGGGAAGCAGACGGCACCCAAGGGCCGGGAAGCGUUCAGAAGCCAGCGGCGGGAGUCGGAGGGCUCUGUGGACUGCCCCACUCUGGAAUUUGAGUAUGGAGAUGCAGAUGGGCACGCAGCAGAGUUGUCAGAAUUAUAUAGCUACACUGAAAACCUGGAAUUUACCACUAACAGGAGGUGCUUUGAAGAAGAUUUCAAGACUCAAGUGCAGGGCAAGGAGUGGCUGGAAUUGGAGGAAGAUGCUCAGAAGGCCUAUGUGAUGGGACUCCUAGACCGACUGGAGGUGGUCAGUAGGGAACGGCGACUGAAGGUGGCCCGGGCUGUUCUCUACCUGGCCCAAGGCACUUUUGGGGAAUGUGAUUCAGAGGUCGAUGUGCUACACUGGUCCAGGUACAACUGCUUCCUGCUCUAUCAGAUGGGGACCUUCUCGGCCUUCCUGGAGCUACUCCACAUGGAAAUCGACAACAGCCAGGCCUGUAGCAGUGCUCUUCGGAAACCAGCCAUCUCCAUUGCUGAUAGCACGGAGCUCAGGGUGCUGCUGAGUGUUAUGUACCUAUUGGUGGAAAAUAUCCGCCUGGAGCGAGAGACAGACUCCUGCCGGUGGAGGACAGCACGAGAGACCUUCCGCACUGAAUUGAGCUUCUCCAUGCAUAAUGAGGAGCCUUUUGCCCUUCUGCUUUUCUCCAUGGUUACCAAGUUCUGCAGCGGCCUGGCUCCCCACUUCCCCAUAAAGAAGGUCCUGCUUUUGCUCUGGAAGGUAGUCAUGUUUACCCUCGGUGGAUUUGAGCAUCUACAGGUUCUCAAAGUACAGAAGCGGGCAGAACUGGGGCUGCCUCCACUGGCUGAAGAUAGCAUCCAGGUGGUGAAGAGCAUGCGUGCCGCCUCCCCGCCCUCUUAUACCCUCGACCUGGGGGAGUCUCAACUGGCACCACCACCCUCUAAGCUACGAGGCCGUCGUGGUUCUCGAAGGCAACUCCUCACUAAGCAAGAUAGCCUGGACAUCUACAAUGAAAGAGAUCUCUUUAAGACUGAGGAACCAGCCACAGAGGAGGAAGAGGAGUCUGCUGGUGAUGGAGAACGAACCUUAGAUGGAGAGUUAGACCUGCUAGAGCAAGACCCCCUGGUGCCACCUCCACCUUCACAGGCACCCCUUUCUGCUGAGCGGGUGGCCUUUCCCAAGGGCCUACCUUGGGCCCCAAAGGUCAGACAGAAGGACAUUGAGCACUUCUUGGAGAUGAGCAGGAACAAAUUCAUCGGAUUCACUCUGGGGCAGGACACAGACACCUUGGUUGGAUUACCCAGGCCCAUCCAUGAGAGUGUGAAGACUUUAAAGCAGCACAAGUACAUCUCCAUUGCAGAUGUUCAGAUCAAGAAUGAGGAGGACCUGGAGAAGUGCCCCAUGUCUUUGGGGGAAGAGGUGGUACCAGAGACACCAUGUGAAAUCCUCUACCAAGGCAUGCUCUACAGCCUCCCCCAGUACAUGAUUGCUCUGCUUAAGAUUCUACUGGCUGCAGCCCCCACCUCCAAGGCUAAGACAGACUCUAUCAAUAUCCUGGCUGAUGUCCUGCCUGAGGAGAUGCCCAUCACUGUUCUUCAGAGCAUGAAGUUGGGAAUCGAUGUGAACAGGCACAAGGAGAUCAUCGUAAAGAGUAUCUCUGCUCUGCUCCUGCUACUCCUCAAGCACUUCAAACUGAACCAUAUCUACCAGUUUGAAUAUGUAUCACAACAUUUGGUAUUUGCCAACUGCAUUCCUUUGAUCCUGAAGUUCUUCAAUCAAAAUAUCUUGUCCUACAUCACUGCCAAAAACAGCAUCUCAGUCCUGGAUUACCCUUGCUGUACCAUCCAGGAUUUGCCGGAGCUUACUACAGAGAGUCUGGAAGCUGGAGACAACAACCAGUUCUGCUGGAGGAACCUCUUUUCCUGCAUCAACCUUCUGAGGCUGCUCAAUAAACUGACCAAAUGGAAGCAUUCCAGAACCAUGAUGCUGGUGGUAUUCAAAUCAGCUCCAAUCUUAAAGCGGGCCCUCAAGGUCAAACAGGCCAUGCUGCAACUUUAUGUUCUGAAGCUGCUAAAAAUACAGACCAAGUACUUGGGGCGCCAGUGGAGAAAAAGCAACAUGAAAACCAUGUCGGCCAUCUACCAGAAAGUACGCCACCGCAUGAAUGAUGACUGGGCUUAUGGGAAUGACAUCGAUGCCAGGCCAUGGGACUUCCAAGCAGAAGAAUGCACUUUGAGGGCCAACAUUGAGGCUUUUAACAGCCGCCGGUAAUGGGAGGUGCAAGUCAUGAAAUAGGGAGAACAUUUCCUUCUUGCUCACGCUGGAUUCCAAGGACUUAUGAGAGGUUUGGCAAAACCAACUUUGAAAUUAAGUCUGUAUUUUAAAUUUAAAAUUUUGACACCUCUUUCUAAAAUUAUUAUCUCAAAGAUGAUUUUAGAGCACCUGCACCUUCUUUGUGGAGGACGAUGAUUUACUAUUACCUAAGUACUGCAUGUUAUAGUAAGGUAUAUUGUGUAAAGUGUUUUUUCUCUAUUCCCAAAGAGAUCUAUGUUGAAUCUGGAAAUUAUCUUUUUGUGUAUUCCUGUAUAGUGCAUGGAGUGCUCUGCCACAGCCAAUAUGAAAUAGGCCUCCUCUAAGGAUGUAUCAUGUUUUUCUGAAACUACUUCAGUCUUCAAAUGAUGGAGUACACUGUAGAAAAUUAUCCUUUUCAUCCAAUUCACUUUUUAAAUGACAAGUAACUACAGGAGGUUUUAUUUAUUGAGUUGGCAUGUCCAUUUGUGCUCGUGAUCGAUUUAUUUUUUAAUUGAAUAGAAUAGCAAGAGCAUCACAGCUUACCAUUUUUCAUCUCCUAUGUUGAUUAAUGAUUUUUUUCCCUUUUUACUGCUAGUGGUUCCAAAGUGUCAUGUGGAGAUUUAGCAAUACUGUUUCUAUCUAAAAGUAUUGCACAUUUCUUUGAAAAUAUAGGGGUUGAUGUACCAACCUCUUUAAACUUCUUUUACAGCAAAAUCACAUACUUCUCAACAGAAACAAGGUUUUUAGAAAAGCUUCUGAUUCAGUCAGGAUCAUUUUAUUUCUCUUCUGUCCCCACAGUUAUGUUACCUAUAUUUUCACGCUUUUUUAUUUUAAAUGCCCUCCCUACUGAUAUGGACACUACUGAAUCUUUUUUAUGAUAGCACCAGGCCACUUAAAUUGCACCGGCGGUCUAGUAAAAAUAUGAUUAUUUACUCUGUCAACCACAGUCUCAUUUGGAAGUCAUGAUACAGUUACCAAUGAUAUCAAAGGAACUAAACCAGAAUUCUAACCAAAACUUGGAUUUCGCCUCUUUGUGCUGUAGGGUAGCAGCUUUCUGUUUUUAUGGAAAGGUCAUGAAGAAUGUUUAAGUAAUGGAUGACACUUCUUAAAACAAUUUGUAAAGUUUACCUAAAUAGGACAGCUAUCCUUACUGCAAUCAAAAUAAUUUACUGAGCAUAUCAUAUAUGAACCUUAUUAAUCUAUUUUAGUGUGGUUCAACUGAAAAGACAAUUUUCAAGGAAAGAGCAGUCAUCAAUCUAUUUCUCUUAAAGCCAUAUAGUAUUUAAUUUGUGUCAAGAACAAAUAAGUUGCCCUUUUAAAAAUAUGCACAUGAAUGCUUUCUGAGGCAUAUAAGUAUGCUAAGCUUUAACAUUUCAUACUUUUUUUUACAAAUCUUCUCUAAGGGAAGAUUAAUUCUCAGUGCAGAUGGAGAAACUGAGACACCAAGAAAAGUGAUUAGUUUCCAAUCACAACAUUUUUUUCGCUGACUUGCUGGGAUAGCAUUCAGGGUAUUGAUAGCCAGCCCCAUAUGUUAAACUGAUUUGAAUCUACUAAUCUGAGAACCCUUGUGUGUGGUUAGGAAUAAAUUCAGAUUAACUAGCCUCUAAUGGUGAUUACUGUUACUACUUAGAAGAACAUUAUUUGAGUGAUUUAUAGAGGAUUUUUAUUUGUGAGUAUUUCAGUAAAGUUGUGUUAAUUGUUGUUAACAUUGUUUAUCUACUAAAGCACUUUAAUAAAAAGAAAUUGAACUGGAGUUAAAAAUUGGUCUUUAAUUCUUCAAGACAAAAGAACCUUAAAUGGAUAUAAGAAAG